AUGAACCUUGAAAGUGAAGUAUCGGAUGAUACCAAUCGAAAUUUGGUCGAUUUAUCACAAGCUACUCUCUCUACCUCACAAGAUAAUAAUUUAUUUCUUUCUUAUACUAACGAAGCAAACAUAUUGCACACAGAUCAGAAUGAAAUCGAAAGUAGUAUCUCGAAAUGUCAAGUACAAACUAGUAGCCAUACAUCAAUAGAAAAAUCAGACGAAAGUUUGAGUAAGCGACAAAAAUUAAAUGAAAGUGUGUGCAAUACCAGUGAUAAACAAGAAGAAGAUAAAGAUGAAGAUGAGACCAAUAAAAAAGUAGCUGGUUAUUUAAAAUUAAAGGAAAAAUCUCCUAAUUGGCAUAUUGUACCGGAAGUGAUAAAUCGCCAAAUAGGUAGCAAUCCAUUAUUCAAAAGACGAUUCCAUAGUUCUUCAUAUGCAGUAGAGCAGUUCCAACUUAUGUAUAAACUUUAUCUAUUGAAUGAUAAUAACAUAAAUAUCUUAAAUUUUAAUCACAAAGGAAAUUUAUUAAUGUGUGCCGUUUAUAAUAAGAUUUCUAUUUGGGAUUGGGCUGUAGGGAAAAAAAGCUUUUCCUUUACAAAUGAUGAUGACAUCUUCUUCUUAGAUGCCAAGUGGCUGCCGUCGGACAAUUAUGUGGCUUUUUCUGCUACACAUAAUAGAAUAUGUUUGUUGGAAAUUGAAAGCAACAUGUCGAAAAAAUUGCUGAUGCAGAAUGGAGGGGUUUACAAAUUGUCUGUGCAUCCUGAAACACCUCAUGUAAUUCUUUUAGCUGGAAUGCUUGACUCAAAAGUGUUAUCCAUAGAUAUCCGGGAAAGCAAACCAAAAGAAUUACUUGAAGUAAAGGAAAAUUCAUUAAAUGUACUAUUAACCAGUAUAGAUUCUAAUCCUUCAAAUAGUAAUGAAUUUUGCGUUGCUGGUGAGUCCUGGUAUGUCACGGCAUACGAUCGGCGAAAAGUUUCAGAACCGCUUUAUAAAUUAGGGCCUUAUGACAAAGAUGAAAAAUGUGUUUUUGUAAAGUCUGCUAAAUAUAACUAUAACGGAACAGAAAUUCUCGCUUCAUAUAAUUGCAAACAUUUAUUCCUGUUUAAUAGAUUAAUAAGGUCAUCACGUGGAGAUUACGGUCAUAUGUAUCAGAAUGAUGUGAGAUCAUCAAUAUUUGAAGGUUCUUUUUUCGGACCUAAAAGUGAAUAUGUUGUAGCUACAUCCAUUGAUAAUAUAUUUAGUUGGGAAAAAAAUUCGGAAUCUGUCAUACAAUGUAUCAGAGGAGAUAAAAAAUUCGUAGCUUGCUUGGAGAGUCAUCCGCAUAUUCCCAUUCUUGCGACAAGCGGAUAUGAUGACAACGUUAAAUUGUGGGUGUCUUCGAAAGGAGAACUUUCGGUAAUGGGGUCAGUUGGGAAGCAUUUUUAUGCGGAUCUACCACAUUACUAUUCAACUUCAAGUGAAGGCCAAGAAGAUACCAAUGACAUUCAUGUCAGUGAUAAUGGUAGUAACUCCGGGUCCAACAACUCCGUCGAAGAUAAUCUACUCGAUAGUGGCGACGUUGAAUAG